AUGAUGCACAAAGCACAGAUACUUCGUCAAGUGAACGACAAAGACAGCUGGCAAAGCUUAGUACGAAUAUCCAGUCUCGACGGUGAAUUAUUUCUUCAUUCCGCAUAUCCGACAUUGGCCGACGAAUCUGUCUUCUUCGGACCUGAUACAUAUCGAUUUGCGCGAGCAAUUCGUGCUGCUGUGACUGCGCGUCAACCGUCUGUUUGCCGUGCCGUCGAUAUCGGCUGUGGAGCUGGGCCAGGUGCUGUGAUGCUCGCCAAAGCCUACCCGAAGGCGGAAGUAUUCGGAGUGGAUAUCAACCAUGCUGCACUUCGUUUAACGGCGAUCAAUGCUCGACUUGCCAACGUCAACGUCAUCGCUUGUCAUAGUGAUCUUCUGAAAAAUAUCCAAGGUGAUUUCGAUCUGAUCGUUUCCAAUCCGCCGUAUCUAGUCGAUCAAUUCAAACGAAAGUAUCGACAUGGUGGCGGCUCGCUUGGAUCGGAGUUGUCGGUUGCUAUCGUUGAUGCUUCCUGUGAACGACUCGCGCCCGGUGGAACGCUGAUUCUCUACACCGGCUCGGCUAUUAUCAAUGGUCAAGAUCUGUUCUAUGAAGAAAUAAAAAAGAAAUUGGCUCAAUCCACUCUACUCUGGACAUACGAAGAAGUGGAUCCAGAUGUGUUUGGGGAAGAACUCGAGACCGAAUUCUAUGCUCACGCCGAUCGCAUCGCGGCUGUCGUUCUCACCAUAUCGCGACUUUAA